AACAUUAAAGAAUUUCCCUUUAAAAAAAAUAUAUUCUCCAACAUAAAAGAGAUGAUUGGAUGAAGUCCAGAACCCAGUUCCGUGCAACUAGUUUUCAGAGGCUCGGAUCUCUUGGGGGAAUCGCACACGACGAAUUUUUGCGUUUUUUUCACGACUCCCAAUCUUUGAUUUCAUUUCGUCGUCAAAAGAAUCUCCGGGAUUGCCAUAGGGGAGAAGGGAGAGAUGGCAUUUGAGUACAUGUAAAGAAGAACAGAACAGGAAAAAAAAAUGGGGUCGAAGAGGAAAGCAGCUUCUUCCAAAAAAUCACGUAAAGUUACUAAGAAGAAGGACAAAACAGAAUAUGUGUCGAUCGCGGGUCUUCAGUCUAAGCACGAGCAAGAAAUAGCAGAUUUGACUCUUAUGACACAGCCUUUCAAAACACUGAAGCUUUUUGUUAUGGCAGUACUAGAGUGGCUCAGGCAGUCCCUGGCAUAUCUUUUGUCGCACGCUUUAUGGUUUGGGCUAUUCAGCUGUGUGGCUGUGCUUUCUGGAAUGCUGCUUUUGACCACAGAUUCAGCUAAUGAAAAGAUGGAGGAAGUCCUUGAGUAUGUACAGUUUGGAGUAUGGUGGAUUGCUCUCGGUGUUGCAUCUUCGAUUGGCCUUGGGUCGGGUUUGCACACCUUUGUUCUGUAUCUCGGCCCUCACAUUGCGUUGUUCACUAUAAAAGCAGUGAAAUGUGGUCGAGUUGACAUUAAAAGUGCUCCGUAUGAUACAAUUCAACUGAAAAGAAAGCCUUCAUGGCUUGGAAAGGAUUGUUCCCAGUUUGGCCCCCCGUUGUUUUCUUCCUCUAAUGGCACACAAGUUCCGUUUAGUAGUAUCUUGCCCUAUGUGCAAUUAGAGGCUAUUUUGUGGGGCCUCGGGACUGCCCUCGGAGAGCUUCCCCCCUAUUUUAUUUCAAGAGCAGCAAGCAUUUCAGGAAGUAGUAUAGAUGAUCAGCUGGAUACUUCCUCGACUGAAAAUGAUGGACAUCUAGAAACUAAUCUAAAUCAAAUUAAGCGCUGGUUUCUUUCACAUGCUCAAUAUCUAAACUUCUUCACCAUCUUGAUUCUUGCUUCGGUGCCCAAUCCUCUAUUUGAUUUGGCUGGCAUAAUGUGUGGACAAUUUGGCAUUCCAUUCUGGGAGUUCUUCUUUGCUACGUUGAUUGGAAAGGCUAUCAUUAAAACGCAUAUACAGACAGUCUUUAUAAUUUCGGUGUGCAAUAAUCAGCUCCUCGACUGGAUGGAAAACGAAUUCAUUUGGGUCCUCAGCUUUGUUCCCGGGAUUGAAUCCAUCCUACCCAACGUGAUCGCGAAGGUUCACUCCAUCAAAGACAAGUAUAUGACAACCAAACCGCACGCCCCUUCAAAUACUAAGGUGAACUGGGACUUCUCGUUUGCUUCGAUCUGGAACACGGUGGUAUGGAUCAUGCUUCUGAACUUCUUCGCUAAGAUCAUAAAUGCAACCGCGCAGAACUAUCUCAAGAAACAGCAGGAGCGGGAUUUUGGUGCUGUGAAGGGCAAGUCGUCAAUGCACAGCAGACUCGAAUGAAUCUUACGAAUCGUAGUGUCUUUUGCGUUUUUUCGCUUCAUCUCGUGCUAGGUUACUGAACAAUUACUUACACAAUUAUUCACCAUUGAACCCUGUGAGGGACCACCCAAAAGGCCAAAACUUGUAUAGGAUAGAGUACAGAAGAAAUUACAGGCAGGCUUAUAUGAGGUAUGGAGGGAGUAUCACCAGCAUUCUUUUUGAGUGGCCAAUUCAGUGCCAUUGUUGAAAACCUGCUCAUUAUUAGCAAAUACAUGUGUUAUAUUUGGCUUUGUAAUUGACUUUCCACAGUUUGGAAGUGAAAAUUUCAUUUUUUUCCCC